ACAGUUGUAAGAGUAUAUAAUUCUUAGGUACACGGUUUCACUAUUGUGUUUUUGCCGUUCUUCGUGUAGGAUGAAUUAGAAGUGUCGUCGGACGAGAUGAGGUUGGUUGUCUUUUUGCAAUUCCUAUUUCUAGUGGUAAAUUCCUGUCGAGAGUUUUGGAAAAGUUGGGGAAAUGUUUCUUGUAAGUCAAGGGAAGACAGAUGCUACGAAUCAAAGAACUUUUCCUUCGUUGAAAUAUUUAAUCACUCCUUAUUUAUCAGGUGCGGCAAGGAAACGAUUGACUCUCGUUUAAUGCGAUGUUUGGACGUUCAAAAUGUACAAGAGAUAGAAUUUACACAUUGUUCUCUGUCGGGAAUUGACUUUGGGAUAUUCACGUUUGGGUAUGGAAUCGAACACGUCAAAAUAUUUUACGUAUCAAACGUGUAUGAAAGAAAGUUCGAGAACAAUUCGUUUAAUAACAUGUCUUCUCUGCGAUCUGUCGAAAUAAUAGGCGUGAAAUCCUCGGAACUUUUAAAUUUAACAUUUCGCAACGUUCCCUCGCUGACUUCAUUGAAAAUUAAAUUCUACAAUUUCACUUUAUUUCCCAACAAACCUUUCCGAGAGUUAAUUAAUCUUUCUGAAUUAUACAUCAAAAAUGGUAUGUUAGAAAUUUUACCCGAAGAUCUAUUUUAUAACCUUUACAAUUUAACAAAACUGGACAUAAGUAACAAUAAAAUUGAAUCGAUUCACCCACUUGUCUUUAGAAAUCUCACUCGAUUGGAAUAUUUGGAUUUAGAACAUAAUCGGAUAAAAGAUUUCCCCAGUGACAUGUUAAAAGGUCUUUAUAAUUUAAGGACAUUUAAUAUUAGUUGGAACCAUGAAUUAUCAAAAAUUCCGUCCGGAUUCUUUAAGAAACUGCCUAACUUGACAGAAGUUAAUGCAAUGUUUUGUUCCUUUACUUCCCUCGAAGAUGAUGUAUUUUCUGACUUAAUUAAUUUGAAAACUGUCUAUUUAGGUUUCAACAGAAUUGAACAUAUACCGCCAAAUCUUCUGAAAAAUAUUAAACUGCUGACACGAUUUUCCUGUCCGUAUAAUAAAUUAUCGAAACUUCCAACAGGAAUUUUUCAUGGACUUUCUGAACUGCAAACGUUGAACUUGCACACAAAUCGUUUAGAAAAUCUUCCCGAAGAUGUUUUUCAAAGUUUGUCUUCAUUGCAGAGACUCGAUUUAUCAUUCAAUCGUCUGACAUUUUUACACGAAAACAUUUUCCUUCCAUUGGCUAAUUUAACGUUUCUCGAUCUGUCUAACAACAGUUUAAGUAAAAUUAUCGGUAAGCAUCCUUUUGGCAGCAGCAAGCAUCUAACUUAUGUCUUUUUAAAUAAUGCGGGUUUGACACAAUGGCCGGUGAUAAAUUGGACACAAUACAACUUGACUUACGUCUCUUUCUCAUAUAAUCGUUUUGAAACCGUCAAAUUGCCAAUUUACACACCAAAUCGAAUGCAAAUGGAUUUGUCUAACUGUAAAAUCAGAACAAUUUAUUUAGAUGAGAGGAAAUAUGGAUUUCAAAUGCCGACUUAUAAUUUAAGUAAUAACGAAAUUACUUGUGACCACAAACUGCAGAUAUUCGUUUCUUUCGUUAAGUCAAAUAUAGAAGUAGCAAAGAAAAUGUUUCCAAAUAUAGAGAAGACGAAAUGUUACGGAGAAGAAAGAAAUUUGUUGGAUAAUACAUCUCUCGUAGUCAUAGGAAAU